AUGUCCAUCAAUAUUUGUAGAGAUAACCAUGAUCCCUUUUACCGUUAUAAGAUGCCUCCUAUCCAGGCUAAGGUUGAAGGUAGAGGUAACGGUAUCAAGACUGCAUUAUUAAACGUUUCUGACGUUGCCCGUGCUUUGAAUAGACCAACUGCAUAUCUAGUCAAAUAUUUCGGGUUCGAGUUAGGUACUCAAACCUCCAUUUCCGUUGAUAAGGAUCGUUAUUUGGUUAAUGGUGUCCACGAACCCGCCAAAUUACAAGAUGUUCUUGACGGUUUCAUUAACAAGUUUGUUCUUUGUGGCAGUUGUAAGAAUCCUGAAACCGAAAUCAUUAUUACUAAGAGCAGUGAUUUAGUUAGAGACUGUAAAGCAUGUGGUAAGAGAACUCCAAUGGAUUUAAGACACAAAUUAUCUUCUUUCAUUCUAAAGAACCCUCCUGCAUCCAUAGAUACCGGUUCUAAGAAAAAGAAGAAGGCUGCUACCGCUUCAGCUAAUGUUCGUGGUGGUGGUGUUUCCAUCAGUGAUAUUGCUCAAGGGAAACAAAAGGAAGAAUCUAGUCAAAAUGACGAAGAAGAUGAUGAUGAAUUAGCCCGUCAAAUCAAUGCUGCAGCUUCUACUUUGGAACAAAUUGAAGUAAAAGAUGAUGAAUGGGCGGUUGAUAUGUCAGAAGAAGCUAUUAGAAAGCGUGCGAAAGAAUUACAAGUAAGUUCAUCAACGUUGUCACCAGAAUUAACCAAAUUAGAUGAGUUCGGUGAAUGGAUGUUAAAAGAUGAUGAAUUACCAUCAGAUGUUGAAUUAUACAAGAAAGCUUCAGAGCUCGAAAUUCUAAAUGAACCAAAACUUGGUUGUGUUCUCGCCCAAUGUUUAUUUACUGAAGAUAUUGUCAGCGAAGUUUCAGAACAUACUGCAUUUUUAACUAAAGUAUUAGCUAACGAAGAUUUUGAAAAGAACUUCCUUGGUGGUAUCGAAAGAUUCCUUGGGUUAGACCACAAAGAUUUAAUCCCACAAUUACCAAAAAUUUUGGUACAAUUAUAUAAUAAUGACAUUGUCUCAGAAGAAGUGAUCAUUAAUUUCGGUACUAAAGUCUCUAAGAAGUUUGUUCCUAAGGAAGUUUCAAAGAAAGUUCGUAGAGCUGCUAAGCCAUUCAUUACCUGGUUAGAAAAUGCUGAAUCUGACGAUGAUGAAGAGUAA